GGGCGCUCGGGAGGGGAAGUGUGAAGGGGUCCGGAGUGGGGGGAUCCGAGGAGACUGAGAGUGGACCUGUCUGAGGAGACUCAGAUUGGGGGCACGCGGGUGUUCAGAAUGGGACAUCUGAAAGGGCUCGAGGCGGCAGGAGGGUGCAUGGGGAGUUUGAAUGUUGUUAGAGACCCAGACUCAUGGUCGCAGGUUUGAAGUUGUUAGGAUGGCGUCUCAAACUGAAGGGGCUUUGGGGUGCAGCCCUGGAGGCUAUGCGUGGAGCUCUUGGGAAAGGCUCCCAGUGAGGUCAGAGGAUAUUCUCUGUGAGAGGCUUAAGGGGCAGAAAUGUGUAGUUUCGUGGGCCAUUGUGGAUGAAGUUUGGGGCAGUGUUCUGGGUACUCACUGUGUCCGGGUGGCUUUUGAGAUGCUGAGGACUCAGGUUUUAGAAACCAAGACUGGGUGCAUGGAGUUGGUGUCCAUGGAGGAUCAGGAUGCCAGGGUCCCAGCCCUGGAACCAUUCAGGGUGGAACAGGCACCACCUGUAAUCUACUAUGUCCCUGACUUCAUCUCCAAGGAAGAGGAGGAGUAUUUGCUUCGACAGGUCUUCAAUGCCCCAAAGCCAAAGUGGACCCAGCUCUCUGGGAGGAAGUUACAGAAUUGGGGACCCCAUUCCCCUCUCCCAGGUGGGCUCCCCCAUCCCCGGGGGAUGGUUCCUGAGCGGCUGCCUCUGUGGCUCCAGCGCUACGUGGACAAAGUAUCUGACCUCAGCCUUUUUGGAGGUCUCCCAGCCAACCACGUCCUUGUGAACCAGUAUCUGCCUGGGGAGGGCAUCAUGGUAACCACAUACCUUCACCCCGACCCCCAGACUUCCGAUCCACCAUGGGGCAGGGCCUUAUGUUGACCCACCUCUACUCAUUAAGCAGCCACAUACCCCAACCAGGCAUUCACCACCUCAUCCCAAGCUGGGGUGCCUUCCUUGAGCCCCAGAGGGUGGGGGGUGUGUGGACUCCUGCCCUGUCCAGCCCUGGUGCCCACUCCCCAGCCCCACGAG